AUUUCUAGAGUCCUUUUAUAAGGGCUAAGUUAGCAGCUCAAAGUACCACUGUUGAGCAAAAUGGAUAGGUAUCACACAAGAGCAAUGUUUUUGGUCUUGGCAUUUGCACUUCUAAGCAAAGGGUAUGCACAAGACUUAGGUGCUCUUGUUGUGGCCAUCAUAACCUACGGUGAUUGUGCAGUAGAUGUUGCUAACCAUGAUUAUCUCCCCAAGGCUAAUUACCCUCCUUAUGGAACUUCAUCAAUUACAAACCUACUGGGAGGUUCUGCAAUGGGAAGUUAGCCACUAAUAUAACUGGUAAGUAACAAGUAGUACUACUAAUUUGUCUAGUGAUUAUUUCCUUAAGUUAAUAAACUAGAUAGAUUUCCUUGUGCAACUGAAAAUCUGGGAUUCAAGACUGA